AUUAUUUCUCUGUUAGUUUUAGAAGGAGCUUGAGAAUACUGCCAACAAAAUGAAGUGUUUGUUAGUUUUAAGUUUGGUUAUAAUAGCCACUAUUGUAAUCGAACCAGUUGUGUCAUCGUGUUAUUUUGGCUCUCUCAAUCUUAAGGUAGAAGAUAAUGGUGAUAUAGACCAAUACUGUGACGGACCAAAAGGACGAAUGGAAGUCGGAGAUACCGUAAGACAUGCUUGUACUGAUUGUAGCUGUACUAAAAAUGGUUUAUCAUGUUGUGGAGUUGGAUACAAAGCAGGAUCUUUCAAAUUCAAAGGAUGUGAAAUGAGAAGGGAAACUGACACAUGCUGUUACCAAUUCUUUAAAACUGAUAACCCAAAUGAAUCAUGUACAGAGAAAUCUUGUCCCUCUACUUAAAUAUUAAAAUAAAACUCGUUUAAAAUUUCA